UAGGAUUUAAAUAAAAUAAAAAAUAAAAUAAAAUAAAAUAAAAAAAAAACAUUUAAUUUUUUAUUUUUUUUCAUUAAAAAGAAAUAAUAGAAAUAUUCAUAAAUAUCAAAUACUAUUUAUUUAUAAUCACUCUAAUAAUAAUGAAAAUAAACAACAUUAUAGUUUUCAAAAUUAUAUUUUACUUUAUUUUUGUGCCAAUAAUACUAUCUUCAAAUUCUAUAAAAACUAAAGAAAAUAUUAAUAUUUUCAAUAGUAAUAAUAAUAUUAAUAAUAAAUAUAUAAACUUUAAACAAAACUAUGAUAUUGAAUUUUUAAAUAAACAUUUAACAACCAAAACACCAUACCACACAAAUGGAUUUUAUAAUAGUAACUCAUUUAUUAAUCCAAUACCAAAUUGUAAAUUAGUUUCAAUGGAUAUAGUUUUAAGACAUGGCAGUAGAUACCCAGAAAUUAAAAUUUUAAAUAAAUUUGAUAGUUUAAAAAAAGAAAUUCAAAAGAUCAAAUCAUUAAUAGUUGGAGAAGAAUUUGAAUGGUUAAGAAAUUACGAAAUUCCAUAUCAAAGAGAAUUGGCAGGGAAUUUAAUUGAAUUGGGGAAUAUAGAACACUACAAUAUUUCAAAGAGACUAUUAGAGAAACAUCCAAACUAUUUUGAAACACCAUAUAGUCCUCAAUCUUAUAAAAUAUCAUCCACCAUUAUACCAAGAACUGGAGUUAGUGCUUCAUCAUUCUCAUAUGGCCUUUUUGAAGGAACUGGUAAACUACCCGGAAAUUUUCAACCUGUUCAUAUUCAAACAUCAAAUUUAGAAAAUGAUAAUUUAUUAAGCUUUUUUUUAAACUGUAAAAAAUACACGGAUAAAUUAAAGGAUGGUUCAAUAAGCGAAAAUGAGGAAGCAAUUUGGAAACAAAUGAAAUAUCCAUUAAUCGCUAGAGAAAUAUCAGAACGUUUAGGUUUAAGUGGUAAAUGGUUACCAUCCAAUUCAAUUGUACAAAGUAUUUUCUUAUCGUGUGUUUAUCAAGUCGCAAUCGAUAAUAUAUCAGAUCAAUUUUGUAGUUUAUUAAGUAAAGAGAAUAUUUUAGAUUGGGAAUAUGCAAAAGAUUUAAGUACCUAUUGGGUCAAUGGCUAUGGAAAUGAUAUAAACUAUGAAAUCAGCUCCCUAUUAUUAAAAGAUAUAUUCAAUCACUUUGACAAUAUUAUAAAUAAUGUUCAAAACAAUUCAACAACACCACAACAACAACAAAAUAAACGAGAACAACAACAACCACAAGAAUCACAAGAACCACUACCAUCAAAGGAUAUCAAAGAUGAAGGACCAUUGGAAGAAUUUGACAAAAAUGAAAAUAGUAAUCCAAAAAAUAUUUUUAGAUUUGGUCAUAGCGAAACCCUUGUUCCAUUCAUGUCACUAUUAGGUUUAUUUAAAGAUGGCUAUCAUAUUUAUGCAAAUUCAACUCUAGAACAAAUAAAAAAUAGAAAGUUUAAAACCAGUUUAAUUGUACCAUAUGCAACAAAUAUUGGAAUGUUUUUAUAUGAUUGUGGAAAUGGCCAAAACAGUGAUUUUAAAAUAUUAGUUAAGCAUAACGAAUCUCCAAUACUAGUACCAGGGUGUGAUGAUUACUAUUGCUCGUUUAAUGAUUUUAAAUCACUCUUUCCAAAAGUGUUAAAUUUUGACUGGGAUUCAUAUUGUAACAACCAAUAACC